AUGCUCCCUAGGGCAAACGGCAAGCACGACCACCAACAACGCCGCGCCCAGCAUCGGACGAUCCACGGCUCGGGCACCCGACGAGCUCAGCCCCUCCAGCGGUCCGGCAGCCUCCUAGGCACGCUCAAGAACAUCGUCACCGCGCCGCUCGCGUCGUGGUUCGGGCACCAGAGCGAGGACACCGAUGGAGAGAGCGAGGAUGUGUACGAGGGGACACCGAACGGGAAGCGGAGGAUAGUGGCAUCGGGAAGGGAGCGCGAGCGGGAGGCCGAGAGGGCCGAUGUGGACGUGGACGGCGCGGGGAGGAGGAUCAAGCGGUUGAGGGUCGACAGCCCUGAGCACGACGCCCAGACGCACGCCGGCUACCUCGACCCGCCCGUCGGGGCGUUCAGCCCCGCAUAUGCGACCCAGCACAACCCAAAAACUCCCGGCCAACACGCCCAUUAUGCGCCUCCUCCUCCUCCUCGACCCGUCAUCCAGACUCAAAACACCCAAAAAAAUGUCCAUGCCCGCCCUUCUGCCCCCGAUAUGCCCUCUAUGCCGCUCAACAGGCCCCCCAUGCGCUUCCCUUCCGUCUCCAACGGCGUCACGCGCACGAUGUCCGUCGACGCCGCCCUGCCGCCCUCCGGCCUCCGCCACCUCACGCGCGACGGCACGAUGGACUCCUCGAUGGGCACGCUCCCGCCCCCGUCGCCGACGCGCGAUAUCGACGCGUCCAUGUCGUCCAUCUAUACCAACAACCCGCUCCAGCGCUCCGCGACCUCCGUCCCGCGCGAGUUCCCGACGACGUCCGCGAGCGCCGCGGCCGCGGCCGCGGGCGGGUUCCGCAUCCGCUCCUCGCUCACGCCCGCGCCGAGCGGGCAGCGAUUCGGCCCGAGCCCGGAGCGCAAGCUGUCCCAGUCGACGCGCAUGUCGCCGAUCGCGAAUCUGGGGGAUAGGCCGCUGUUUAUGCGGCCAUCGAUGGAUGCACAGAGCAGCCCCGGCAUGCAGGGCCAACAGAAUCAAGCAUCGCCAACGCUCGGCGAUUUGUUGGAGGCCAGACGAGGCUCUAGGUCGCCUGUGAGGCACCAGCACGCGCUGAUCUUCGACACGCCAGGGAAACAGGCUCAUGAGCGUGCUUGCAGUGCAGAAAAGGCCCUGCACGAGUCAGACAUUUACAAGAAACCUCUUUUGCCCACGCGCUACCAGCAAGCCAACAUCCGAGGCGUGCCGGAGGUGCUCCGUGAGAAGAAGCUGAGGGUGCCGAUUCCGACCAAGCGGGGCAGCGAGGAGGAGAAGGAGUUGGAGAAGCUUGGACUGGGCGUGUGGAAGCCGAAGAAGGUGAAGAAGAGCAAGAAGAAGGUGGAAGACAGCGAUGAGGAGGAGGAGGUGAACGCCUCCAAGCCAUAUGCGGGCGAGGGCGGUAUGCGGAAGUUGCUGGCGAGGAGACGCAAGGAGGAGUUGAAGGAAGAGGAGGCUGAGGGAAAGAAGGAGAAGGAGCGAGAAGGCGAGGACACGAGCAUGGAGGAGACUGCCGAGCCCUCCAAGGCGACGCUCAAGCCUGACGUCGAGGUAUCGGCGCCCCGGCCGCCGCAGCCCAAGGCUCGCCCGGAGCUCUCGCCGUUUGCCAAUAUUUCAGCUGGCACGGUUGCCCCGACAGGUCGUGUGGGGCGAGUCAAGACGUCCCGACAACACCUGUCACGCCCUGCGCGUGCGUCGGGAAGGUUUUCGGCCUACGACGAGGAAGAUUCGAUGGAUGCCGAAGACGAGAGGGAACGUGAGAUCCAGGAAUUAGAGGAGGCGUCGAAGAAGGCCCCUGUCUUCAACAUACCUGCCGGAUUCAGUUUCGCCAAGCCGGAUGCUGCUACAGUACCUGUGAGCGAUGCUGCGAAGGCGAAGGAGCCUCCUAUCCCAUCUCUGCCAUUCUCGUUCUCUGCCAAACCUUCCACCUCCACGGGAACCAACAGCACAUCGACGUUGCCUCCGGUGCCAGUUCUUUCCGUUAUCCCAGCUACGCCUGAGCCAUCCGUCUCCGCAUCGUUAGUGACCAAGCCGGGCGGUAUCCCGAACUUCUUCGCCAAUUCGUCCGUCCUCGCGAAGGAGAAGGAUACAUCGUCGUCUGGUUCGAGCGCUGGCUCGUCGUUCAGCUUUGGCCCACCGGCAGGCGAGGCGAAGAAGGAGGAUGCGCAGCCCAAGAGCGCGUUCUCGUUCGGAGCGCCUGCACCAGCUCCUGCUCCUGCUGCGUCAGUGUCUGAAGCGCCGAACUCAGCGUUCUCGUUCGGUGCUCCUCCAUCUGCGGCACCAACAGUCGGUACAGGCACCUCGCUAUUCGGCAAUGCAAGUGCGGAGACCAAGCAGUCCGAACCAGCUCCGACGUCCUCGUUUGGCGGUAACACGGCGACGGCGGCCGACAAAAAGCCCUCGCCCUUCGGCGCCAUUUCUAAGCCGUCCGCGUUCGGUUCCGUCACCACGGAAAGCAAUGCCGCCCCUUCUCCCGCUCCUGCAGCUCCGUCGUUGUUUGCCGCUUCCAAGGAAUCUACGCCGAGCACCGCUCCUGACUCGCCAGCCCCGAAGCCGGCGGAGCCCGCGGCAUCGUCACCUUCGCCCUUCUCUUUCGGACAGCCUGCCAAGCCUGCUGAGACGGCUCUCGCACCUACCCCUCCAAGCUUCUCGUUUGGUAAGCCAGCAGAGAGCAGCGCUCCGGCUGCGGCUGCGGGCACGACGACUUCCGCCUUCUCCUUUGGCGCGCCGCCGGCUAAGCCUGUCGAGUCUGGGUCGUCUUCGACGCUUCCGUUCAGCUUCGGGGCGAAGCAGGAGCAAAAGAAGGAGCCGGCCGUUACCACUCCCUCGUCCCUGUUCGGGAACGGGAACAGCACCGCUGCCCCUAGCGCUGCCCCUGCAGGUCCUACGUUUGGCGGUGCCACUUCCGAGGCGCCCAAGCCUGCGUUCACGUUCGGCCAGCCCUCGGGAGCGGCGUCGCCGAGCAAUGGAACUGCGGUGGAGGUGCCCAAGCCCCUCUUCGGUGGUACGAGCGGCGGAUUCGGCUUUGGACAGCCAAGCGCCACGCCUAGCCCAGCCGCUGGAAACAAGGAGCAGCCCAAGGGCCCGUUCUCGUUCGGGGCGGCGCCCGCCACUCCCCCGGCUCCGGACAAGAAACCUGCCGCGACGCCUUUCACGUUCGGCGCCUCCACGACGCCCGCUGCGACCCCGGGCACCGGUAUGUUCUCGUUCGGCGCCCCGUCGGGCGGGUCUGCCGUAGCGGAGGCACCCAAGCCGACGUUUUCAUUCGGAGCGCCGGCGGCGACGCCCACGCGGCCUGUGACGCCCCCCAGGCAGGAGCAGGAAGUGAGCAUGGACGAAAGCCCGACGCGCGGCGUGACGGAGGAUACGAAACCGUCAGGAACCGGCUUUCCGUUCCCUUCCUCGACGCCGUUCGGUCAGCCAUCGGCGAGCACGAGCACGACGCCGUUCACGUUUGGCGCGUCGUCGUCCGCCGCCAAUCCUUUCGGAGCGAAGCAGGAGGAGAAGCCGGAGACGAAGGCCAACGGCUUCAACUUCGGUCAGCCGGCGAUCUCGACGUCGACGAGCGGCGGGUUCAACUUCGGCCAGCAGAAGCCGUCGGCGCCAGCGCUGACCACGAGCUUCAGUUUUGGACAGAAGACCGACGGUGCCGCGACGUCUACGCCGACGAACCCAGCUGGGUUCGGGUUCGGACAGAAGGUUGAUGGGGGUGGCCUUGCAGCCCCGCCGCUGACAACUGGAUUUGGCUUUGGAACGACUCCGUCCGCCACGCCUACGGGACCUUCUGCGCCGUUCACCUUCGGAGGGCCCUCGAACAAUAGCCAGGGCGGAUUCGGCGCAAGCUCGACGCCUGGAAGCCCAGCGACGUUCGCUUCCGGCGGUUUCGCGUUCAGCAGCCCGACGGCGGCGCCGACGAACGCCUUUGCCUUCGGGUCGCAGCCGGCCAGCCCGGCAGCGAACCCCGUUUCGCUCGGUAGCCCGGCGUUCGCGUUCGGUCAGCCUUCUGGCUCCUCCAACGGAACGCCCCCGACGAGUUCGUCCGGCAAUCCAGCGCCCUUCGGCGCAGGAGCUGCGCCGACUUCGGCGGGAGCGGGAGCCUUGUUCAACAUCGGAGCUGCCCCGGCUCCGGCCCCCGGCGCGAGGCAGAUCAAGAAGAUGCCCGUGAGACGAGGCAAGCGGUAA